AUGCAAAUUGCAAAUCUAACCCUUUUUUAUCCAACAAUUUCUAAAGAAAUAAUGGAUUUAAAAUUAAAAAUCGAUAUUGAUACGUUCGAUAUAAGUUCAAAAAAUAAUGAUAUUUCAAAUCAACCUGAAGUAAUUGUGAUAUCCGAUACAGACGAUGAGACAGUGCUAGAAUCAACAUCGAAUUCAUUUAUUCGAUAUUAUGAAGAUUUACAAAUUUCCAGCAGCUUUGAAAGUGAAUAUAAUAGCGAUAAUAGCUUAGAUGACUGUAUAUCGAUAGAUAAUUUAAACGAUAAUGAUAUACUUGAAGAUAGUUUAGAAAAUAAAGAUAACUAUGAGCAUCAACCAACAUUUGCCAAAUUUGGUCAAACACUAACCGUAGAUCAAGUUGAAUAUUAUCUUGAAUUUCAGGAAUAUCUGAAGACUUCUUUAACGG